AUGGCAGCCCUGUUUCAACUCACGGCACGCCGGGUCAGCACCCCGGCCGGCAUCGCACCGUGCCAGCUGGGGGAGUCCCCCACCUGGGACGAGGAGCACCAAGCUCUGUGGUGGAUCGACAUCCUUGGCGAGGCCCUAUACGUUGGCCAGCCGGCGCCAGACAGCAUGCGUGAUUUCGACCACGUCGCCGUGCUGCCGCUACGCGGACAUCGCCCUGGGUUCAUCGUGCACGCCGCUGCAGAAGAUGCCGCUGGCACGGAAAAGCCGGCGAUGCAAAAUGCCACUCCGUACCAUGCUGUGUGGGGCUCGCAGAAGGGGCUGUACUACACCUCAUAUUCUACAGCUUUGCCGUGGCGCAUCUCGGGACAGGCGUGCCUGCUGCCACAGCUGGACGCCAUGAUGCCGGUAUUGCACUAUCAGAUAGCCCGCUUUCCGCAGUCGCUUUUCCCACUCCAGGGGGGCCGUGUCUACCGCUUCAACGACGGCAAAGUCGGGCCUGACAACUCUCUUUGCUGCGGUGGCAUGAUGGAGCGCACAGACAGCUUUCCUAGGCGCGACCGGGCGUCUGGGUCCCUGAUGCGGUGGGCCGCCGGAGGCCCCCCCAACGCGUUGCCCUCCUCCUCGCCUUCCGUCACGACCGAUGGGUUCUCGGUUGAGGUGCCUAAUGUGACAGUGUCGAACGGGAUAGGGUGGUCCCCGGCCGGGGAUGUCUUGUACCACGUUGACACGACUGCCGCCGUGAUUCGUGCAUUCCCGUACCAAGCUGCGUCCCCCGCGGAGGGCCCCGCAAGGGGCCUCCACCGCGAAGAAGGGACAAGGGAGCCGCGGUACGUGUACUGGGCACUGCCCGGUGCCCUGAGAGAGCGGGGUGCCACGCUUGACGGACUGUGCGUAGACGCGUCGGGGGCAGUGUGGGUGGCGCUGGCGGGCAUCGGUGAGGUGGUGCGCCUGCAGGACCGCAAGGUCGGCGCCACAGUUGCUGAGCGCAUUGCUAUUACGGGCGUUGUCAGGUUGCCGGAGGUAGCACUGUGCACGAGCUGCUGUUUUGGCGGCGCUGACCUCACCACGCUCUACAUCACCACCGCGCGUGGCACCUCGAAGGAGGCGGCGGCGUCCUGCAAGCAGGACGGCGCAGGGUGGAUUUAUGCGGUAAACUUGAAAGGGAUUGCGAAGGGCAUGCCCGCCGCGCGGCUGCGCCUGCCCGCGUUCAGUCUGUCAGCCCUGCAACAGCAUCACCUGUAG